AGAAUUUAGCAAAAUAUGGUGCCACGCGUUAAGAUUGCAAAUGAACAAUUUGCCGAAAUAUGCAUAUGUUUGUUCCAAACAUUUCAGCACCGAAAACUUAAUAAGAGGCAGUAAGAGAACCACACUUUCUAAAUAUGCAGUUCCUCGAAUUAGCGAGUUUGAAAGACCUGAAUUGAAAAGAAGUUCCAGCACGGAAACUGCAAGUUCCAGAACAGUAACAAUCCCAGACACUGAUAAUCAAAGUUUCAGCCUAUUGUCUUCUCCCAAAAAAUUCUUAAUUAAACGUGUAAUUGAGAGUCUCCCAGAAAGUCGAGAAUAUGCAUUCAAAAAUUCCUUCAGUACCGAAACUGCAAGUUCAGCAAGUUCGAGGACAUUAACAGCGGAUAUUGUCUUUGGAAGCUUUGAGUCAUCUCCUGAAGAACAUGCUGCUUCUUUAACCGAAAAAGCUGCUCCUUCAACUGAAAAAUGCACAGCUGGGGGGCUCAAAAGAAAGUUUGAGGCUUUAGUAGAUGAAGAAAAUUUUCCAUCAGUCAUUACACCAUCUAGCCCUGGAAUUUCAAAUAUCACACUGAAAAAGCGUAAACUCAAUAUGCCACGUUUCUUUGGCGACAUAGAAUAUGAAGAUCUGGAGGAUCCAAAUAGGCGAAAAAUUUGUUGGAACAUCAUUACAAAUACAGUAAACAAGCUGAAGAUAUAAUAUUCAAGCCAAAAGAAGACGGAGGGAGAAUAAAAUAUACUCACUAGAAAGUUUGACAAGUGAUUUGAGAAAGAAAAACUGGAUUUCAGAGAGUGCUGAAAUGAAUUUGAAUAGUUCAAUGACGGAAUCAGCCAAGCAACUGUUUUCUCUCUUAUUGAGAAAACGAAAGAGGAAAUUCUCACCACAACUGAGGCAGUUUGCAUUAACUCUGAAUUUUUAUUCGAAGAAGGCCUACAAUUAUGUUCGUCGAACUUUUUCGAAUGUGUUACCACAUACAAGAACGCUUGCAAAGUGGUAUUCCACCGUUAAUGCUUCUCCAGGUUUCAUGGAAGAAGCUCUUUCUGCUAUUAAAAUAAAAUGCAUGGAUGCUGCCCAAAAGGGUCAUCAAAUAUUGUGCAAUUUAGUGUUUGAUG